AUCUUUCGUAAUUUGGGUUUUGUUACAUGGAAGCUUCCAUGGCUAUGAAUUUCGAUUUCCUUAACUCUCUCUCUCUCUCUCAUGUCGGCUACUUCAAACCCAAACCCAAACCUUACCAAGUAAACCCCCUAGCCGAAUCAAAUCAACCUUAUUCAACUCUGGCCAUCUCAUUCCAAACCCUGUCAAAUACCAGCAAAUUAACAGCUGAUAUCAUCAUACACAUAUAUAUAUCUACAUAUACACGCAAACCCAAACAACAACUUGUUGCAUCAACUUUUCUCUUCAUCUUCAACCCAAACCCUAAUUUCGCAUAUUUAGAUCGAUUUUAUAUUGUGAAUUUCUGAUUUGAUUUGUUCAUUUGUUCAUGGCGGUUUCCCCCCAUGGUUUUCUGCCGAGAAAGUGUCGACCGUCGGCCGGAGCUUUCGUGUCGCUCAAAUUAUCCGACCACCGGCUUCUCCAAUCUCUGGUUCUGAUUUCGCAUGAAAUUUCGUCUCUCAAACCUCUCCGAUAUCUCCUCAGGCGAAAUUCGGCUUCGAUCGUCCGCAAAACGAAGCUGCUUUCGGUCUUGUUCGAAGAGCUGCUUCGCGCACAAAUCGAUUGCUUUUCGCCUACUGCUUUGCUGUGUUUUGAUGAAUUGUAUAUAGUUUUGCAGAGAAUCAAGACGUUGAUCGAAGAUUGCUCUAGUGGAAGCAAGACUUGGCUUCUGAUUCAAACCAAAUCGAUCGCCAACAGUUUCCACCAGAUCACCGUCGAUUUGUCUACUCUGAUGGAUGUUUUUCCGGCGAAGGAUAUGAAUUUUAACGAAGAUGUGGAAGAACUUGUUGUUCUGAUCAGAAAACAGUGUUCACAAAAGAAGGCUAUUGUGGAUCCGAUUGAUGAUAAUCUCAGGAGCGACUUGCUCGAAAUGCUCGAUAGAAUCAAGAGAGAGAUCGUUCCAGAUCAUUCCAAGCUCACCGAGAUCUUCUAUCGAUUACAAUUACGCGAUUCAUCGAGUUUCAGAGAAGAACUCGAGAGUCUCGAAGACGAAGUUCAGAAUCAAACCAACGAGAAAUCGAAGCCUGAUAUCAUCGCAUUGAUCGGACUCGUUCGUUACGCGAAAUGCGUGUUGUAUGGAGCGUCGACGCCUAGAACCACCGUGAGGCGGCGGAGAUCAGCGGCGGAUGUGGAUGUCCCGGCGGACUUCCGGUGCCCUAUCUCUCUCGAACUUAUGCAGGACCCAGUCGUCGUGGCAACGGGACAGACGUAUGAUCGUUCUUCCAUCAAUCUCUGGAUUGAAUCUGGACACAACACGUGUCCCAAAACAGGUCAGACUAUGGUCCACACGAACCUGAUUCCAAAUCGUGCGUUGAAGAAUUUAAUAGCUAUGUGGUGCCGAGAGCAGGGAAUCCCCUUCGAAGCUACGGAACCAAACGAGAAAGUCAAAGCCGUUACUCACAAUAAGACCGCGUUAGAGGCUACGAAGAUGACGGUGUCGUUUUUGAUAAACAAGUUAACGGCGUCGGAGUCAAACGAAACAGCAAACCGUUUGGUUCACGAGCUUCGGGUCCUAGCCAAAGCAGAGUCAGACAGCCGAGCCUGCAUCGCCGAAGCCGGAGCCUUACCUCUCCUCACGAAAUACCUAGUCUCGGAGGACCAAAGCCUGCAAGUUAAUGCCGUUACAACAAUCCUCAACCUUUCAAUCCUCGAAGAAAAUAAGGUUAGAAUAAUGGAGACUGACGGCGUUUUAAACGGUGUUAUCGAGGUGUUGAGAUCAGGUGCGACGUGGGAAGCAAAAGGGAAUGCGGCGGCAACGAUUUUCAGCCUGACAAGUGUACACUGUCACAGGAAAAAGCUCGGGAGGAGUACACGUGUCGUGAAGGGAUUGGUGGAAUUGGCGAAAGUGGGCCAAGGGACUUCCAAGAGAGAUGCAUUGUUAGCGAUUUUGAGUUUGGCGGCGGAGAGAGAGGCGGUUGGAAAGUUAGUUGAAGGAGGGGUGGUGGAGAUGACGUGUGAUCUCAUGCAUGGAUUCCCGGAAGAAGCGGUUAUGGUUCUCGAGGUGGUGGUGAGGAGAGGUGGAUUGGCGGCGAUCGCGGCGGCGAAUCGCGUGAUCGAGAAAUUGGUGGCGGUGUUGAGGGACGGUACGGAUAGGGCUCGGGAGAGUGCGGCGGCGACAUUGGUUAAUAUGUGUCGGAAAGCGGGGUCGGAGACGGUGGCGGAGUUGGCGGCGGUGUCAGGAAUUGAGAGAGUGGUGUGGGAAAUGAUGGGAACGGGGACGGAGAGAGGGAGGAGGAAGGCGGCGUCGUUGUUGAGGAUUCUUCGGAGAUGGGCAGCUGGGUUGAAUGGGGCUGCUAUGUACUCAACUGCAAAUAUGAUCAAUUCAACAGGGAUAGUAUUGUAAAAAAAUAAAAAUAAAAAUACAGUUCCAAAAAUUUGAAAAUGUUAUAGGUUAGUUCUGUUUUUUUUUUUUUUAUUAUUUGUAAUUAAUUACUGUAUUUUGUUUUCAAAUAUUGAUUGAUUCAUUUGUUUCUUUUCAAUCCCAGAAAAGGGAAAAGAAAAAGAAAAAAAAAACUUGUGAUGUAUUGUAUUCUAAGUAAUUGAAGCUUGUUUAGUUGUACAAAUGUGAAAAGCUGUAUGGCGUGUCCUGUUCCGACUC